UGUGAGAUGAGAUGCGGAAUGCGGGUGAUUUAACAUUAGAUCAUGAUGGAAUAUGGGCUUAUAGACAGGCCCACUAUUCCUCACUUCACAAUUCACAGUCCGAUCCUUCUACUCAGACAUGUCUACUGCAGCAUCUGAAGCAAUCGCUCUACUGGAAGAAAGUUUUCCGAUAAACUAUACCAUUAUAGCCGGUGCAGCACUCAUAUUCUUCGACCAUGUCAUUGCAUUUGGCCAUGAGGUCCAGCUAUUCUGGGGCGAGCGAUCGUUCUCUGCAUGCUUGUUCUUUGCCAAUCGGAUGCUUGCACUGGUCUAUGCUAGCAUUUCUGUUUGGAAUGUCAUGAACUUUUAUACACUGUAUGGCAAACACCCUGUCGGGCGAUUUGGUUUCCAUACUCAUUGGGGUAAUCUCAAAUAUGAUUACCAUAUUACGAGUAUACGUCGUGACAGGUGGCGACCGACGACCUGCUAUGCUCCUCGCAUCGAUGAUGGUUUUCAAUGUGGUCGUAGGUUUCUACACUGAAUUCCGCCAAAUAUUAUAUUCUGUGGUCAUAUUGGAU